GGCCCCGCCGGGGACUUUGGUCCAUUCCCGGGUUCCUGCAUCAAUCAUCAACCAGGGGAGGGAGCGGCCGCUGCGGCCCCGCCGCCGUAAGAGUCCCCCGGGCGCCCCCCGUCAUUCACCCCCCGCCCCCAUCACCAUCAUCACCACCAUCACCAUCAUCACCGCCAGCAUCAGCCCCUCCGCUCCUCCCCGGCCCCCCUGGAGCCGCCAUGUCCUCUGUCCCCCCGGCCAAGUGCUCCUUCAAGAAGCGGGGUAGCCUGCAGACCCCCAGCCCCGCAGAGCUGCGGGGGGGGCCAGGGGCCCGGCCCCUGCAGUCAGCCUGGUCCCUGCCCGGGACCCCCCACAGCCUGAAGCAUUUCCCGGUGGAUCUGCGCACGUCCAUGGAUGGCAAAUACAAGGAGAUCGCUGAGGAGCUGUUUUGCCGCUCACUGGCUGAGAACGAGAUGCGCACGGCUCCCUAUGAGUUCCCCGAGGAGAGCCCCAUCGAGCAGCUGGAGGAGCGGCGCCAGCGCCUGGAGCGCCAGAUCAGCCAGGACGUCAAACUUGAGCCCGACAUUUUGCUCAGAGCCAAACAGGACUUCCUGAAAAUUGACAGUGCUGCGGACUUACAGCUCUUCAAGGAGCAGAAUGACAGCCUGGUGGACCAUGUCCCCAAGGAGCGGGAGGCGCUGCUGGAGCGAGAAUUCCAGCGGGUCACCAUCUCUGGGGAGGAGAAAUGUGGGGUGCCCUUCACCGACCUGCUGGAUGCAGCCAAGAGCGUGGUGAAGGCUUUGUUUGUGAGGGAGAAGUACAUGGGGCUGUCCCUGCAGAGCUUCUGCAAGACCACGGCCCGGUACCUGCAGGAGCUCUCCGAGAAGCCCCUGGAGACCCGAGGCUACGAGGAGGUGCCCGAGACCCCCGUGGCUGCUGAUGCCCCCGUGCACCCCCCGUUUGCUGAGCAGCACCCCUAUGAGAAGUGGGACCCCAAGAACAUGCCAGCAGAUCUUGGCUUCGGGCUGAAGAUGGUGGAUGGCGUUGUGCACGUCUACACCAAGCAGGACAUCACUGACAAGAGCACGGAGCUGGACCUGCCAUACCCCGACCUGCAGGAGUUCAUUGCCGACAUGAAUUUCCUCAUGGCUUUGAUCAUCAAUGGGCCCAUCAAAUCCUUCUGCUACCGCCGGCUGCAGUACCUGAGCAACAAGUUCCAGAUGCAUGUGCUGCUCAAUGAGAUGAAGGAGUUGGCGGCCCAGAAGAAGGUGCCUCACCGUGACUUCUACAACAUCCGCAAGGUGGACACCCACAUCCAUGCCUCGUCCUGCAUGAACCAGAAGCAUCUCUUGCGCUUCAUCAAGCGGGCGAUGAAGAAGCACCUGGAUGAAAUUGUCCAUGUGGAGAAGGGGAAGGAGCAGACGCUCAAGGAGGUGUUUGAGACGAUGAACCUCACAGCCUACGACCUGAGCGUGGACACACUGGAUGUCCAUGCGGACCGGAACACCUUCCACCGCUUCGACAAGUUCAACGCCAAGUACAAUCCCAUCGGGGAGUCCAUCCUGCGGGAGAUCUUCAUCAAGACGGACAACCGCGUCUCGGGGAAGUACUUUGCCCACAUCAUCAAGGAGGUGAUGGCAGACCUGGAGGAGAGCAAGUACCAGAACGCGGAGCUGCGCCUGUCCAUCUACGGGCGCUCGCGGGAUGAGUGGGACAAGCUGGCCCGCUGGGCCGUCAGCCACCGCGUGCACUCCAACAACGUGCGCUGGCUCGUGCAGGUGCCCCGGCUCUUUGACAUCUACCGGACAAAGAAGCAGCUGGCCAACUUCCAGGAGAUGCUGGAGAAUAUCUUCCUGCCGCUCUACGAGGCCACAAUUCACCCUGCCCAGCACCCAGAGCUGCACCUCUUCCUGGAGCACGUGGAUGGCUUUGACAGCGUGGACGAUGAAUCCAAGCCAGAGCAUCACAUCUUCAACCUGGAUAGCCCUUUGCCAGGCAACUGGGUGGAGGAGGACAACCCACCCUACUCCUACUACCUGUACUACAUGUAUGCCAACAUGACAGUGCUCAACCACCUCCGGCGGAAGAGGGGCUUCCACACCUUCGUCCUGCGCCCGCACUGUGGUGAGGCCGGUCCCAUCCACCACCUCGUGUCGGGGUUCAUGGUCUCAGAGAACAUCUCCCACGGGUUGUUGCUGCGCAAGGCCCCUGUGCUGCAGUACCUGUACUACCUGGCCCAGAUUGGCAUUGCCAUGUCCCCGCUGAGCAACAACAGCCUCUUCCUGAGCUACCACCGCAACCCCCUGCCCGAGUACCUCUCACGGGGGCUCAUGGUCUCCCUCUCCACCGAUGAUCCCCUCCAGUUCCACUUCACCAAGGAGCCGCUGAUGGAGGAGUACAGCAUCGCCACCCAGGUGUGGAAGCUCAGCUCCUGCGACAUGUGUGAGCUGGCCCGCAACAGCGUCCUCAUGAGCGGCUUCUCCCACAAGGUGAAGAGCUACUGGCUGGGUCCCAACUACCUGAAGGAGGGUCCGGAGGGGAACGACAUCCGCCGCACCAACGUGCCCGACAUCCGCGUCAGCUACCGCUUCGAGACGCUGUGCCAGGAGCUGACGCUCAUCACGCAGGCGGUGCAGAGCGCCGAGCUGGAGCCCAUCCAGGAGGAGGACGUGCUCACCAUCUCCCUGGGCACCCACUGACCCCCCAGUUCCCCCCCGAGCCCCCCAGGGCUCCGUCGCCGUCCCCCCGCCCGCUCCUGCUGCUGUCUCGGUGCCGUUGCAGGGUGCGGCGUUUGUUGAGUCCCCUCUGUUUCAUCUUGGUUUGUUCGUUUUA